AUGGAGGAGUUAAAAAGUUCAAAUCAAUCAAAUGGUAAUCAAUAUUCCACAUAUGAUCAUAACAGUCCAUUAGAUAGUCAAAUAAUCGAGGAAGAACCACUAGGCGAUGAAGAAAAUGAUUGGGCGCCAAACGCAAAAGAUAAAAGCAAGCCUCUGCUACUAAGAUGCUUAUGCAUCACUGCAUUUUUAUUUGCAUUAGGAUGUGUAUUUUCAAUGGUCUUCAUCAAAUAUUGAACAGUAUCAAAUACUUUGAAUGCAAAGCCAAUCCCAGAGACAAUGAGUCCAAUUAUAAAAUACCAAGAAGAGCAAUCAUUAGAUGAUUAUAUCAAUUAUGCAGCGCUUAAAAAUGGUGCAAAAAUAAUUGAGGAAUAUUCGUCUUUAGGCUUUUAUACAGCACUAGGCCCUUCUCAAUAUAACAAAAGAGAAAUGGCACUUUCAGAUGACAAUUCGCCUGGAGUUUGUUGGGGAAUAAAAGGCAGCAAAGGCUACCUGGGCAUUCAGUUACAAUAUGAUAUACUCCCUUUACAUUUUUCAAUCAGGCACAUUAAUGUAAAUCGUAUUUAGAUUGUUGACUAUUUGAAUGCGCCGAAAGAAUUUAGUGUAUAUUCCAUUGAGAAGAGCCAUUGCUAUCUGUUAAUAAAUGGCUAAGCUCAUAAUAAGUGUGUAAGCCCAUUAGCCUUAUCGCGUCUCGGCUCCUAGAAUACCAGUCUCGCUCUUGAAGUUCGAAUGAGAAAAAUGGAAGCAAAACUCUCUGUUCGGCAAAGUAUCCCAAGUCUGAAAGUCUACUUAAAUAUGUAGAGGCCUUGCUUUUAGCUUCAUAGGACCGGCUCUACCUAUUUCCACAGGGAUACUUCUCGAGACCAAUUUCUGUCAACGUCAUUAGUUUAUUUCUGCUAUCUAUUAGGAAGCUAUACUUUUGAUCUUUCUAUUCAUGGAGAAAAAAGAAGACCUUGGGAUAUUUUUCCAUGUCAAUAUAGGUGUGAUAGUCUAAUUAAUGCGCUGGUUUUGCAUGUAAAAAGUAACAAUGGUGGAAAUAAUACAUGUGUUUAUCAGUUUGGAGUUCAUGGCAUUGAAAACAAAGCCGCAUAA